UUGAGAACGAAAGUUUUUAUUUUUAACUUAGGUCAUUAGAUAUGAAUGUGAUACGAAAAGUCUACCGCAAGGUUACUGGCAAAAAGAAGCCCGAAAAAAAUAAACUGAAAGAUGGUUUGGAUGAUCUUAAACAAGAAUUGGAUAUGGAUGAGCACAAAAUACCGCUCGAAGAGUUGUAUGCUCGACUUAACACCGACCCUGAAAAUGGAUUGAAAUCUGAAGAAGUUAAAAUUCGAUUAGAACGUGAUGGACCUAACGCACUGACACCUCCUAAAACGACACCAGAAUGGGUGAAAUUUUGUAAGACACUGUUUGGUGGAUUUUCAAUGCUACUUUGGAUUGGUGCCAUUCUCUGCUUUAUCGCAUAUGGUAUUCAGAGAAGUGCUGAAGAUGAAGAUGUAAAGGAUAAUUUAUAUCUUGGCAUUGUUUUACUCGCUGUUGUUGUUAUUACUGGAUGUUUUUCAUAUUAUCAAGAAUCAAAAUCAUCACGUAUUAUGGAUUCAUUUAAAAAUUUAGUUCCACAAACUGCACUUGUCAUACGAGAUGGUUUAAAAACUGAAGUACCAGCAGAAAGUAUAGUUGUUGGUGAUAUAGUUGAAGUGAAAUUUGGUGAUCGUAUUCCAGCUGAUAUAAGAAUUAUUACUGCAAGUUCAUUUAAAGUAGAUAAUUCAGCAUUAACUGGUGAAUCAGAGCCUCAAUCACGUACAACAGAGUUUUCUAAUGAAAAUCCAUUAGAAACAAGAAAUUUAGCCUUUUUCUCAACUAACGCUGUUGAUGGUACAUGUCGUGGUAUUGUUAUCAGUACAGGUGAUCGUACUGUUAUGGGUCGUAUUGCAAAUUUAGCAUCUGGUUUAGAACUUGGCGAAACUCCAAUACAUAAAGAAAUAAAUCAUUUUAUUCAUUUAAUUACAGCUGUUGCAAUGGUUCUUGGUGUAACAUUCUUUAUUAUUGCUUUUAUAUUGGGUUAUCGUUGGCUUGAAGCUGUUAUCUUCUUAAUUGGUAUUAUUGUAGCAAAUGUUCCAGAAGGUCUAUUAGCUACGGUUACAGUAUGUUUAACAUUAACUGCUAAACGUAUGGCUAGUAAAAAUUGUUUAGUGAAAAAUUUAGAAGCUGUUGAAACACUUGGAUCAACAAGUACCAUUUGUUCAGAUAAAACUGGUACAUUAACACAAAAUCGUAUGACUGUAGCACAUAUGUGGUUUGACAAUAAAAUAUUUGAUGCGGAUACUACAGAGAAUCAAACAGGUGCACGUUUUAAUAAAAGUUCACCAACAUGGACAGCUUUAGCACGUAUUGCAAUGUUAUGUAAUCGUGCUGAAUUUAAAACUGGUGAAGAAAAUAAACCAGUUUUAAAACGUGAAUGUAAUGGUGAUGCUUCAGAGACAGCUAUAUUAAAAUGUACUGAAUUAUGUGUUGGUAAAGUUAUUGAAUAUAGAGCUAAAAAUCGUAAAAUUUUGGAAAUUCCAUUUAAUUCUACAAAUAAAUAUCAAUUGUCAAUUCAUGAAACUGACGACAAGGAUGAACGUUACUUGCUGGUUAUGAAAGGUGCACCUGAACGUAUUAUUGACCGUUGUAGUACUAUUCUACUUAAUGGUAAAGAAAAACCUCUAAAUGAUGAAAUGCGUGAACGAUUCAAUAAAUCCUACAUGAAAUUAGGUGGAAUGGGUGAACGAGUACUUGGAUUCUGUGAUUAUCGUCUACCAGCUGAAACUUAUCCAAAGAAUUUUAAAUUCAAUGAAGAAGAACCAAAUUUUCCAGUUAGUGGAUUACGUUUUGUUGGUCUAAUGUCUAUGAUCGAUCCACCUCGUGCAGCAGUACCAGACGCAGUUGCAAAAUGUCGAUCUGCCGGGAUUAAAGUGAUUAUGGUCACUGGGGAUCAUCCAAUCACAGCUAAAGCUAUUGCUAAAGGUGUUGGAAUAAUUUCGAAAGGUUCAAAAACUGUCGAGGAUAUUGCAGCUGAAAAAGGCAUACCUGUUGAACAAGUGAAUCCACGUGAAGCCGUUGCUUGUGUAGUACAUGGUUCUGAUUUACGUGAAAUGACUCCAGCACAAAUUGAUGAUAUAUUAGUUAAUCAUCCAGAAAUUGUAUUUGCACGUACUAGUCCACAGCAAAAAUUAAUUAUAGUAGAAGGUUGUCAACGUCAAGGAGCAAUUGUUGCUGUAACCGGUGAUGGUGUAAAUGAUAGUCCAGCCUUAAAACAAGCUGAUAUUGGUGUUGCAAUGGGUAUAGCCGGUAGUGAUGUGAGUAAACAAGCAGCGGAUAUGAUCCUAUUAGAUGAUAAUUUCGCUUCAAUUGUUACAGGAGUUGAAGAAGGUCGUCUUAUAUUUGAUAAUUUGAAAAAAUCCAUUGCAUAUACAUUAACAUCAAAUAUACCAGAGAUUACACCAUUUCUAGUGUAUAUUGGAUUUGGUUUACCAUUACCAUUAGGUACAAUUACAAUUCUAUGUAUUGAUUUAGGUACUGAUAUGAUUCCAGCAAUUUCAUUAGCUUAUGAAGAAGCUGAAUCAGAUAUUAUGAAACGUAUGCCACGUGAUCCAUUACAUGAUCGUUUAGUAAAUGAACGUUUAAUUGCUAUGGCUUAUGGUCAAAUUGGAAUGAUACAAGCACUUGGUGGUUUCUUUGUUUAUUUUGUUAUUAUGGCUGAAAAUGGUUUUUGGCCAAGUAGAUUAGUUGGUAUACGUAAAGAAUGGGAUUCACGAGCUGUAGAUGCAUUAAGUGAUUCAUAUGGUCAAGAAUGGACUUAUAAACAACGUAAACGUUUAGAGUCCACAUGUCAAACUGCAUUUUUUGCAUCAAUUGUCAUAGUACAAUGGGCUGAUUUAAUUAUUUGUAAAACACGUCGUAAUUCAGUAAUACAACAAGGAAUGUGGAAUAAAUAUUUAAAUUUUGCAUUAUUCUUUGAAACUGCAUUAGCAAUCUUCUUAUCUUAUUGUCCUGGUUUAGAUAAAGGUCUACGUAUGAUGCCUUUAAGAUAUACAUGGUGGCUUCCAGCAUUACCAUUUUCCAUAUUGAUUUUUGCUUAUGAUGAAACAAGAAAAUAUUUAAUUCGACGAUUUCCUGGUUCAUGGAUAGAAAAAGAAACUUAUUACUAGAGAUACUACUAAUAACAAUACUACUACUACUAAUAAUAAUAAUAAUAAUUGGAUUCCCUAUUCAUAUACAUGUUAACAAUAUACUGGAUAACACUUAGAUUAUCUACUUUAUAAGCAAAGCCCUGAACAUAAUCAGUACAUAUAAUAUGAUGUUUUAAUUCUUUACUCUUCCAGUAUUCUUUCUUUAUUCUCUUACUCUAUGGUUAUAUGUGUUAAAUCUCUUUUCCUUUUUCUUUUCUUUUUCUUUUUCUUCUUUCUCUCUACAAGUGUAUGUGUAUACAUGUCAUGAUUAGAAAUGAUAAACUAUAAAAGUUUCUUUCAUAAUUGACUACAUUCAAUGAUUGUUACUAACGCGUCGUUUCUAACUGGUAUUGAUUGGUUUCUUCUUUUUUUUGUUGGUUUUUCUCGUUUUUUUCCCCCUAUGUAUUUCCAAAAUGUUACUUUAUACAGAUGACAAAUAUAUAUAUACAAGAGUUAUAAAUAUAGAUACUUCUAUACUUGAGAUUGUUUUUGAGUUCUUUUUGUUCAACAAAUUACAUUAUUAAUAGUUACACUUGAUAGGUAAGUCAUACAUAUGAUAGUAUGAUUUCUUUUAUUAAAGAUUUCAUUUGAAGCUUCAACUUUCACUAUUUAUAUAUUUAAUCAGAGCUUAACAACUAUGGAAACUUGAAAGUACUGGACGACUGUUUCGUCCCAAUAUGGAACUUCUCAGUACAAGUGAUCAUUCACGAUGAUUUAUGUGGGAUUCGAAUGAAGGACAUUCGCUUUCGCGCAUGAAUGCUUAAUCUCUAAACCACUGAGGCGGAAUUCAACUCUGUUAAUAUCUAACUUCAAACAAUGCACAAAACUACACCAACAUCUACUGUUAUCUUCAGUGAGUUAAUAUCUCACAACAGAAAUGGUUGAACUCCACCAGUCAUAACUGACAUGAACACAUUACUGUAAGCCAUUCCAAUUUUUCAAAUGAAAAUAGAGCUUAAAAUAAGAUCGUCAGUAAGAAAAAAUUGUACUUUUAAAUUGUCGCAGUCAUUCAACUAACUGAACAUUGUUGUAUUCGAAAAAUGCUUGUAUAUAAGUGAUACAAAAUACCUAGUGAUCUGUAAUAAUUGGAUGAGCUACAAAGUACUAUUAAUUACUACUUACUUACUUACGCCUGUUACUCCUCGUGAAGGAGCAUGAGCCACUCACCAGCAUUCUCCAUUCAACCCUGUCCUGGAUAAUCCUUUCCAGCUUGUUCUAGUUGUUAUUCAUCCUUUGCACAUAUCUGCUUUUAUUUCUCGACGUAAUGUGUUCUUUGUAUCUUCUUCUUUUUCGCUUCACUUCAGGAUUUCAAGUUAUGGCUUGCCUCUUGAUGCGGUUUGAUGAUUGGCGUUUAGAAAAACUAUUAAUUGCUAAGUGACAAAUAUAAAUGAAUGAAUGAUGAUAUCAUGAUUUAAGAAUUUACAAUGAAUAUCUUUAUGAAUCCUCUUUGUCUCUUUUUUCUCUUUCCAAAUUUAUUUCACUGAAUUAUACUCUUUAAAUAACAUCUUCAAACCCUAAUCUUUUUGAUUACUGCUUAUACUCUUGCUACCUCUACCACUACGGGAUUUGAAUCGACAACUGCACCUCUGUGCUAAUGUGGUAUGGCAACCCGAACUGAUGUACAUACGUAUGACGUUCUGUGUUGUUGCUGACUGACUGACUGAUCUUUAUGUCUGAAUUUCAGUCAAUUUUGUUUAGGAUAUGUGAAACUUGUAAUGUUUGUUGUAAUACUAUUUUUAACAAGUUUUUAUGAAACAUAUUGAUUAUGGCUAACUGAAUAGUUGAGUAGAUAAUGCGUUUGAGGUUUAAAAUGAAAGUUACUAAUUUCAAUGCUUGAAAUAAACAUCAAUACCAAGAUUCACCUACAUUCAACUGAUGAAUCUCAAGUAGGACGAAAUAAGCGUUCUCGGUUCCAACUUUAGAGUUAAGAUUAAUUUAUGAACACUUUCAUCAUAAUUUUAAACCUUAAUCUACUUCUUACGUAAGUCUUAAUUCAUUUUUAACUCUAAUAAACAUUAAAAAGAAAUAUAACUCCAUCUAUUAUUACGUUCAAAGUUAUUUACCGAUAAACUAACAUCUGAUAGGUGGUACUUAAUGAUCAUUUUCUAAUCUUACACUGAUUAAUUGAUAUAUUCUGUUGAUGUUUAUUCCAUAACUUUGAAGCUGUUUCUUUCUUUCUUUUCUAAAUUCUAACUAGUUUGACAUUAUCAUUUUUAGAUGCGAACACAUGACAUUGUCUCCUUUUUACUGAUAGUUACUGAUGACAAUCUUUUACAAAAGCUGAUCAUCACCAAAAAUAUAAACAAAAUAAAACACCAGUGAUCUAUAUAAAAGGUAAGGACUUGUUUGUUUGUUUUCGUUUCAGUCGUGAAAAAUGAGAAACAACAUUUU